AAUGGAAUAUCAUUUUGUCUUUCUUUGCGAACACAAUCAGCAUCUACCUGAAAAUCACCUAGUUAAAUGGAAUAUUCCACUUAAAAGCAAAGAAGCUGAAGAACAUAUAAGAGAAUGGUCUGCUUAUUUGGUUAGAAUUUAUGCCAUUCUCCAGUACAAUAAUAUUCCAUUAAAUGUUCUGAGGAGUAAAGAAGGUCAAAGUUUUAUUGAACAUUUGCAGAUGGCCGUUUCAAAGAAAAGCUUCAGAGAUAGCUAUGUGUCCCUGUUGGAAUCAAUAGCUAAUAAAAUGGAUAAUCAAUAUACUACUAGUCUACCAAAUACUCUAUCUAAAUGCCAGAUAUACAAUGGAAAACUUCUAUGGCUAUGUAACUAUCACCAGAAACAACCAAGGGUAACCAUCCUUCAGUCUGAUGAAACAAAUUUCACUCCAGGUUCUAACAUAAAUAAUGAAGAAGUACUACUUGAAAAAAUUAAAGGACAGAAUAAACAGAAAAUUGUAGAAGAUAAAAAUUUUCAACAUUUAGAAAAUAAUCUUUUAGAUAAAGCGGAAAAGAAAGAAGAUAAAAUGAUUACAAAUGAUACUAAAAAAACUAAAUAG